AUGUACAAGGCCACCCUAGCUGAGUUACACGAGCACCUUGACAUGAAAGAUCUUGGUGAGGAGAUCAACCGGGAUCUCAGGAUCUUACCCAACAUCACCCUUGGCUACAACCUCUAUGAGAACUAUUUUGAUGUCAGGGUGACUUCCGAUGCCAUGGUAGAGCUGCUUGCAGGCAGCGGAAGAAACAUUCCCAAUUAUCACUGCGGAGAAGAGAAUCCCCUUCUGGCUGUUCUUGGAAGGAGUGAUUCUGGCAUCUCCAAGGAGAUUUCCACCAUGUCAGGCAUCUACAAAAUCCCACAUCAUGUGUUAUCCCCGAAAGGCCGAAUAAGAUGCAGAGAGAAGGAGGAACAGGAGGCUUUGCCCCAAGAGGAGAUUGAGAGAGUCCUGUCUGCAGACAGCUAUGGCACUUACAUCAAUGUCCAGGCUGCAGCCCAGGCCUUGAAUGCUGCAUUUUCAUCUAGACCACGGCGGAAGCUGAUGGUGGGAGAAGGAGCCGAAUGGGAGCAGGGAAGGCUUCAGCCAUGGCAGAUUGGCAGUGUGAGGAGAGAGGCAUCUACUGGCAUCAAGUUCACCAUCAGCCCAGAAGCCAUUGAGUGGCCCAAGAAGUUUCACAAGGCCGUGCCUCGUUCCAGAUGUAGCAAAAUUUGUCAACCUGGAUAUGCAAAGGUGGUUCCAGAAGGAAAGCCUGUUUGCUGCUAUGCAUGUGAUCCAUGUGCGGAAGGAACCAUCUCCAACCAAGAAGAUGCAGAACGCUGCACCAAAUGCCCAGAAGAUCAGCAUCCAAACAAGGACAGAGAUCAAUGUGUCUCCAAGAUUAUCACCUUCCUGGCUUAUGAAGACCGUCUGGGGAUCACCUUAGCUUCCAUUGUCCUCUUCAUAUCUUCUACAGCAGGCAUUGUGUUAGGAAUCUUCAUUAAAUACAAAGAAACCCCAAUAGUCAAAGCCAACAACCGGGACCUCUCCUACAUCUUGCUCGUCUCCCUCCUGCUUUCCUCUUUGUCCUCCUUCCUCUUCAUGGGGCAACCAAGACUAGCGACCUGCCUUCUCCGACAAACGGCCUUCAGCAUCAUCUUCUCCGUUGCUGUUUCUUCUGUCUUGGCCAAGACCAUCACCGUGGUGCUGGCCUUCCUGGCCACAAGACCAGGGAACAGGGUGAGGAGAUGGCUAGGGAAGAGUCUGGCCACCUCCAUUGUCAUCUCCUGUUCUGGUGUCCAAGUUCUCAUCUGCACCAUCUGGCUGGGCUCUUCUCCCCCCUUCCCAGAGCCCGACAUGCACUCCCAGGCGGAAGAGAUCAUCUUGCAGUGCAACGAAGGCUCUGUGGCCAUGUUUUAUGUUGCCCUCGGCUACCUGGGCUUCCUGGCUGCCAUCUGCUUCACGGUGGCGUUCCUAGCCAGGAAGCUGCCUGGCUCCUUCAACGAAGCCAAGCUGAUCACCUUCAGCAUGCUGGUCUUCUGCAGUGUUUGGGUGUCUUUUGUGCCCACCUACCUGAGCACCAAGGGCAAGUCCAUGGUGGCCGUGCAGAUCUUCUCUAUGUUGGCCUCCAGUGCUGGGCUCCUGGGCUGCAUCUUCCUUCCCAAGUGCUACAUUAUUCUGCUCAGGCCUGAUCUGAACACAAAGGAGCAUCUGGGAACAAGAACUUAA